AUGUCCAGCCAAGACCAGAAGCAGCUCAUCAGCUCGGGGUCGGCCUUUGAGGCGCAGAUUGGCUACUCGCGUGCGGUCGUCUGCGGCGACUGGGUUUUUGUUUCGGGGUGCACGGGGUACGACUAUGCGACCGGCCAGCUCAAGGCCGGUGUCGCCGACCAGGCCGACCAGGCCCUGCACAAUAUAGCGGCUGCGCUCGCCGACGUGAAGCCGGACGACGAGGGACAAUACGGCGUGCCGACCAUGGCCGAUGUGGUGCGCGUGCGGUACAUCUUGCCGGACCGGGCGCUCUUUCCGGCGACAUGGCCCGUGCUGCAAAAGUGGUUUGGCGGACCGCAAGGCGCGCGGCCUGCAGCGACCAUGAUCCAGGCCGGGUUGUUGGAGGAGGCGAUGCUCAUUGAGAUUGAGGUGACGGCACGGCGGCCAUGGAAGACGGCGGCGGCGCAGGGCGGCGAUCAUAUGCCGCCGUCUUAG